AUGCUAUCAAUGUAUGAUUUUCCAGCGGUCGCCUCUGAUUUCGGGCAUCUGUCAGAGCGCAUUGAUCUCGACGUCGAGCUGAAUGAUGGGAUAGGGGCCGAAUCAGGGGCUUUGUUCGCAACCGUUCUCGUCGCUGGUUCGGCGCCUCUCUUUCUCAUCCUUGACCUGUACCAUCACCCAUCCCCUCCCCCCACCAUGUUCUCCUCAAAGCUGGCACCAAAAAAAGGCAAAGAUACCAAAGAGAACGGUGUCAUUUCGAGAUCUGUGACCCCAAUUCCCUCGCGGCCAACGACGCCCAAACCCCCCAAUGGCUCGGCAGAUAUCUCGCGGUCUGGUAUGCUCACGAUCAGGAUCUUCUCUGGGAGAGGUCUUGCGCUCGCGCCCGGGAUGCAUGUACCCGAAGUGAUCCAGAAGGCCUUAGAAUCAGCGCCCCCCAGGACCUCGACAAGCAACAGGGAGAGCAUGCAGCGCGGGCGCUGUUGGUGGCUCCCAUACGUCGUGCUCGAAUUUGACAAGAACGAAGUGCUCAUCGACGCUCUUGGAGGGGAUCUAUCCAAUCCAAUUUGGAAUUACCGAGCGAACUUCGAUGUGUCUCGUACAUCAAAUCUUGCCGUAUCAGCCUAUGUGCGGACAGCCUCCGCCGUACAGAAUCAGGAAGAUAUGGGGAACGACUUACUGAUGGCCCGCCUCGACCUCGCGCCCAUGUUGGAUGGACAUCAUGCCUCAGAUCAAUGGUACACAGCAACGUCCGGAUCAGGCUCCUUCCACCUGAAGAUUGACUUCAAACCACUCCGAAAUGAAUACCUUACCAUUGAAGCUUUCGAUCUCCUCAAAGUGAUUGGGAAAGGCAGCUUUGGCAAAGUCAUGCAAGUGCGGAAAAAGGACACACAACGGAUAUACGCGCUCAAGACCAUCCGGAAAGCUCAUAUCGCGCAGCGCCCUGGGGAGAUCACGCAUAUACUAGCGGAACGGACGGUCCUAGCCCUAGUGAACAACCCAUUCAUCGUACCCCUCAAGUUCUCCUUCCAAAAUCCGGACAAGCUAUAUCUUGUCAUGUCAUUCGUGAAUGGGGGCGAACUGUUUUAUCAUCUACAAAGAGAGGGUAAAUUCGGCCAAGAUCGUAGUAGAUUCUAUGCGGCAGAGCUUCUGUGCGCACUGGAGCAUCUGCACGGGUUCAAUGUCGUCUAUCGUGAUUUGAAACCGGAAAACAUCCUCCUCGAUUACACCGGCCACAUUGCACUCUGUGAUUUCGGUCUUUGCAAACUGAACAUGUCCGAAACGGAGAAGACCAACACUUUCUGCGGUACACCGGAAUACAUCGCGCCAGAGUUGCUAGAGAGCCAAGGAUACACAAAGACAGUCGACUGGUGGACACUCGGUGUAUUGCUCUACGAAAUGAUGACCGGUCUGCCGCCUUUCUACGAUGAGAACGUGAACACGAUGUACCAACGUAUUCUCACCGACCCGCUUAACUUCCCUCCCGACAUGCCCUCGGAAGCACGGAGCGUUAUGACUGCUCUACUGCAAAGGGACCCUACGAAGAGACUGGGUGCCAAUGGCGGUGAAGAAAUCAAGAGACAUCCGUUCUUUGCGAAGUACAUUGAUUGGAAUCGGUUGAUGGCGAAGAAGAUUCAGCCACCGUUCAAACCCAGUGUGGAGAGUGUCUUGGAUGUCGCCAACUUCGAUCCGGACUUCACGAACGAGGAAGCGAGGGAUUCCGUCGUUACGGAUUCCGCAUUGUCGGAGACCGUGCAAGAUCAAUUCAGAGGGUUCACGUACAACCCAGCAAAUGAGCAUCUCAGCGAGAGUGUCAGCUACCCUGGCGCCAUGAGUUAA